AUGAAACAAGCCCUGACGGAUUCGCUUCAUGGGUACUAUACCAAAGGUGAUAUGUUUGGUGUUGAUGGAGAUUUCACCACUUCACCGGAAGUCAGUCAAAUGUUUGGAGAAGCAAUGACUAGCUUCAAAGACUUUUUCAAGUCAUUGAAGAAUGUUCAUUUAAUCGAAGUAAGCCCAGCCCUCCGAAAAUUGCAACAUGACAAACUUUGUGGUGACAAAUCGUCAAUCGCUCUCGAGUUUGCUAAACCAAAGUUUCAUUGGCAAGAGUCGAUUAGAAAUAUCCCAGGCGUAUGGUCCAUGAUAAUUGCCCAUGAAUUUUUCGAUGCGUUACCAGUUCACCAGUUCAAGAAAACCAAAGAUGGCUGGCGUGAAAUUAUGGUGGACGUUGACGAAAGCGAUCAAAGUACAUACCACUUUAAACUCGUUACAUCCUUGACACCGACUGUCGCUUCAAACGCCUAUACCAAUGCGUCAGAGUAUGAACGGAUGAGUGUUGGAGAUACUAUAGAAAUAUCUCCAUCGUCAUGGAACAAUGCAAAUGAAAUUGCAAAGUAUAUUCAUGACUAUGGAGGAUCAGCCCUCAUAAUUGAUUAUGGCAAGGAUCAUUUCCAAGGCGAUACAUUACGGGCGGUAAAGAAACACCGAUUUACUUCUAUUCUGACUACGCCGGGUGAAGUCGAUCUUACUGCAGAUGUAGAUUUUGCAUAUUUAAAAUCUGCAGCUGCGGGUUUAGUCGACACGCAUGGACCAAUAAGACAACGUGACUUUCUCGAGAAAUUUGGUAUACAAUUGAGACUGUCUAUGCUACUAGAAAAUGCACCAAAAUCAAACCAUAGGAUGCUUAUGUCAGAAUAUGAAAGACUUACAUCACCUUUAUUGAUGGGAAGUGUGUACAAGUUUAUGUGUAUGGUACCGCUUCAUUCACAGCUACCUUUUCCAUUUUGA